UAUUUUGUCAGACAAAAGCAAAGAAAUAUUGCCCUGAUUUAAGAUUUAGAUUUUAGUUUUUGUAGUGUGGUUCACAGACAUGAAUGUGUGCGAUACAGUGUGAAAGGCCAUGUCCGGUGACUCUGGGGCACCAACCCACCAGAGCAGAAAUGAACAUUUUAUUAUUUAUUGAUAAUUGUGGCUGGUUGCUGACGUCUGCUCUAAAAUCGGGGCUUCCCUUACAGCUUUGCAGACAUUUUCAACAUGCCAGUUUAAUAAACACUGCAGCCAUAGAAUUCCAUUAGGUUCACCCCUGAGACUAUUUGAUUUAUGGCCCAUGAUCAAGAAGUGCUCUCUACACCUCUCCAAAAUGUCAUCUCCUUCCCCUCCAUCUGACCAUAAUCAUGCUUGGUCCCUGAGUGUGGUUAAAAUGUCUGAUGAUUAAUCUAGCAGACCUCUAUGGGUUAGAAAAGUUGAGAUUUUGAAGUGUCCAUAUGUAAUUAAUAUCAAUUUAUCUCUCUUAACACGACUCAAGUUGUGGCACCAAUCAUUAUUAUUUCAACAGCAAUUUCUGCAAAGUACAUCAAUUUGGAAAUCCAAUAGUUUGUGGCUGAAAUACAUUGCUUUUGUUAAAUCUAGUCCCCACAUUACAGAAUCCUAUUGAAAGCCUCUGGCAUCAGUGCUCCAACAACCGCCAGCAGGUAAAAUAUUAACUUUUGUUCUGCUGACAAGAUACUGCCGCCGCUUCCUUAUUAGUGGAAAGAGUUGGAAGUGUGCGAGUCCAGAUGUCGCCGCUAAUGGAGAGGAGGAGUUACCAAAGCAACCCAUAAAUCAACAUCCAACAUCAACGGUACUCUGACCAAUCAGAAUAGGAGCAGUGAGUGGAGAUGCUUCACCUUUGGAUGAUUAUCCAGUUAGAGAUGUCAUGCUAAGUUACAACUUUACCAAAAAUUGGACUCUUUUGUCUCACAUGGGAAAUUUUCCAGCUCUCUCUUUUGGAGAAGAAUGCCACAGUCGGCACUAAUGGACACUGUAUUUGGAGGACCACUCAUCAGAUCUGCAUUUCAUCAAGACAUUGAUUGUUAGUCCUUUCUGAAGUAAUUAGCCUCUUUCUGAGUUUGUGUCCAUUCUGGUGUUGGUGGAGGUUGAUGGCGAGGUUCCAGUUGGCCCGGGUCAAAGUGAGCUGGACUGCACUUUUGACUCUGGUCUAUUUCACAUACCUGCUGUUUGGGGCCAUAAUCUUCCAGAUGCUGGAGCGAGAGGCUGAGAGCAACAACCGAGACCACUUCCAACUGGAGAAGUUGAAUUUCUUGGCUAAUUAUACCUGCCUGGAUAGACACGCCUUGGAGAACUUUGUUCAGGUGAUAUUGGCUGCCUGGGAAAAUGGAGUGAAUCCCUCAGGCAACUCGACAAACCCCAGUAACUGGGAUUUAAGUAGCUCCUUCUUUUUUGCAGGCACAGUAGUCACAACUAUAGGCUACGGCAACCUCUCCCCCAGCACUGUAUGUGGGCAAGUGUUUUGUGUGUUUUACGCACUGUGUGGGAUCCCACUGAACCUGGCCUUCCUCAAACAACUUGGGAAGUGUCUCAGCAACUACCUGGGUCGACUGGAGAAGGGAAUGAUCUCAGUUGUUCCGCACAAGCAAACAGUUGAAGCUCUGGCUGUGAGCUUGUUCUUCAUCGCAGGCAGCCUGUUGUUUUUGGUCAUCCCUCCUCUGCUCUUUAGUUACGUGGAAGGUUGGACGUUUGGUGAGGGUUUCUAUUUCGCCUUCAUUACCCUCAGCACCAUUGGUUUUGGAGAUUAUGUGGUGGGGGCUGAACCUGGCAAGAAGUACAUCACUCUAUACCGCAGCCUUGCAGGUAUAUGGAUCAUCUUUGCCUUGGCUUGGCUCGCUCUCAUCCUCAACAUGGGAAACAGAAUAAUGGCGCACGUGAUCGGCCUGACUCAUCCAGGCUUUAAGAAACAAGAGGAGGAAGAGGACGUGUCAUCCACUACACUAGAGGACACGUCAAAAAUCUGACAAUGGUCUACACGGGAUUAUCAACAUGUAAUAUAUUUAGUGUGAUAGUUUUCUGUACAUAUAAUGAUAUAUAGUACAUUGAGAACCAAUGUAACAGCUAGCAAAUGGCUGUCUUUUGUAAAAUAUUAGCCCCAGGAUAUUUAUUUCUGCUUUAAAUGCUUCAUUUACUUUAGAAUUAUGUUUCAUCUUGUAAAAGUGGUUUGAUGUAUCAUGCAACAGGCUGGGAAAACAUUACAGCUUUUUAUUUGAUGAUUCUACCUCAGGAGCCAAAGAGUCAGUGCGGUAGACCUGGACAUGUAUUUAUCAAACUUCUAAGAAUUACACUUAAUAACAGGCUGACUUUAAAGUACAUCUCUCUGCUGAGUGUGAGCUAUAAGACACAUUUAUACAGUGGCUUACACAUGCAGACAAUGUAGCAUAGGAGUAACAUCUUCGAGCGACGUACAAUGAUUAAUUACAUGUAUGCUCUGCAGGGCAGCCGAUUACAGACAAGGAUGUAACCUAUACCUGCCUGAGUUUUUUUGUUUGUUAAAAAAAAACUUAGUGAUGCUAUUCUGCAACUAGCGAUUAAUAUGUGACAUUAACGACAACCAAAGAUACAUAAAAUGAACACUGAAAUGAAAGCAUGAUGAAACCUGAACUUUGACAGGAGCAAAAUAUGAAAACAUGGCUGGAGUAGAUGGGACCCCAGUGAGUGCAGACAGUGAAGGUGAAUGGAUAGUCACACCAGCUUUAUUCAUGUCUGUGCUCCAGAAAGAAACAAUCACACUAAUGAUAACGUUGAAUGUUAGCAUCACAUUAUAUAAUACACUAACAAUACAAUACUCUCUGAAUUCAUAUCGCCUCAAGAACUUUUCAUUCAUCAUGACCAAUCAUACUGUGUCUAUGACUCUGUACUGCAGCCAUUAAAGAUCUACUCUGAACCAGCUUAAGGGAUCACUGGAGCUCUCUUACAUUUAAGAGCAAUUUUAUAACAUUUGGUAAAUUGCUCUUAUUCUUGCCACGCUUUUACAUCAAAGUGAAAGGAUGUUUGCUUUGGUCUUUCACUCAAGCCCUAAAUUUAACAUGUAGCACUUUGAUAUACGUGCCCAGGGUAAAGGUAUCAAUCUGAUGUCAUGUAUUGUCUCAGGUAGGAAUCCUGUCAUGUUUUUCCAUCCUCAGACAGCUGGUAGAACUCUAACUGCUGAACUAUAAAGUGGUGUUUUGUUUUGUUUUGUUAUAUAUAUAUAUAUUUUUUUUUCUAUUCUUAUUUAUGUCUUUUUGUUGUUGUACAUUACCCGACUGCAUUGUUAGAAUGUUCUCAAGUCAGACUGCAAGUGUGCAUGUAUGUUUUGUGUGCGUAAGAUGAUGUGAGUCCACAUCUGUGUUUGUGUACUGAUUGUAAGCUCUGGUGAAUUGAGCAUGGAGCGCUAUCUUAAACAAACACAUUAAUCAAGAUGGUGAUGUGCGCUGACCCGAGAGCACCCAGGACUGAUGCCAGGCAGGCAGCUGAAAUAUAGCAGGAUGGCCUCUGUCUGUCAGAAGGGCAACAACUGUCACCCCUCUGUCUUUUGCUUUACUUGCCCUCAGCAACUGAAAUGCGUAAGUGAAACUGAUAUAGUCUGAUAUAUAAUGUGGAAGUGCUUUGUGAACUAGUGCAGUGAUUCUCAACCUGCUGUUAACAGAGGGUAUGUGGAGAAAUUAUAGAGUAACUCAACUAAUCUGACCAUUAAUUUAAUUAUCUGAUAAAAAAAAAAUACAUCCAUAUGUUAGCUAGUCAGCUAUAAUUGUAAUUAAGAUUGGGUGAAAUAGUAAAUUGACCAAUAAAGUUUUGUGGAAAAGUGGUUUCCACUCCAUGUGGAGGUGGUACGAAUGCAAACCUUAAAAAAAAUCCAAAAGGAACUAAUCAUUUCACAGUUCACAUGUAUGAAAAUGUUUCAGAUCUACUUUAUUUAAUUGAUAGUUAAAUAGCAUCCAGUUUGAAAUGAUCAAAUCAAAUGAACACAUUUGGAACCCAGCUGGUGGCGUUGAUGAAGAGGUACUUGAAAUUAUCUGACAGGGCUGUGAGGUUAUCAUAAAGGUUUGACCCCACUAGACCAGUGAAGUGCAGUAGUUAGUCAGUCAGUGCCUCUAAAAACCACACCAGCUUCUGUAGUUGGUUUUGAAUUGACCCGUGCCGUGCUGUGACAAGGCAAACUCCGUGACUUCACAGACAAUGGCCACAAACUGUAAAUAUCUGUCCUUACCAACAGUCAUCACCUCCAGCCCAACCUCUGCUGGUCUCCCUCUCCCUGUUCUCGUGUUGUUCCACUACAUUUGCAUGGCAGACCAUGGCAGUGAUGGAAACAGUAGCACAGGUGGAGGUUAAUUUGCCUGUAAUUUAUGGAAAGACGAGAAGCCAGGAAGAUAAACCUUCACUCCUCGCUUUCCCCGAGUGCAGAGGUUGAGACGCUGAACCUGUCUGGAUCCCAAAGUUCUACCAGGGAGCCAAGAUGGAAAUAAAGGAAAUGUUAAACUUGGCGCGUGUGCCCUCCAUCCUCAUACUCGGUGUGGUUUACGUGGCCUACGUGCUGAUCGGUGGGGUGGUUUUCUGGAAGCUGGAGGGGGAUCUCGGAAAGAAAGACAUCAGCGUUUUACUGAUGAACAAAAAGAAUCUGCUCAUGACUUACACCUGUCUGAACCAAGAAGGCCUGGAGGCAGUGGCUCAGGUGAGGCACAGAAACAGCAGCGGAAGCAGUUACCUGAACCAGAAUCCUCACCCCUUCUCCCAGGGUGAGGGGGGCAGGCAACACUGCUAUUGAUGUCAUAUUACGCUCCCAGGAACUCAUUACCUUUCUCAUAUACAGUCUAACUGGCAACUCUGAGCUAAUACCUGCUACUACUUUAAUGUGCAUAGUUGUUUUAACACAGGUGAGCCUGUGGGUUCACAAUGAGACCACUGGAUUUACAUCUGGACCACAACCCUACUGCUUUCACACACGUACAAGUCAACAGUACUGUCCCUCGUUUAAUGAGUUUAAAUGCAUGUAAGACUCAUAUUAAAUAGUUGCUAAGCUUGCUGUGUUUUUAUUGUCACUCGUAAUAAAUCAUUCAAAUCAUUCAAUAACACUAGUGGUACCUUUAAACAUGAUUUGUGUUUUUUUUAAAAAAUGACUGAUAACAGUUCUAAGUAGUGAAGGGCUGUUUGCAAUCACAUACAGAUUCAUAAAGAAAAACAAAAACAUCUAAAUCUUUCACAACUGCAUUUAUGUGGCAAAAAGGCAACUUGUCAGGUCAUGCAAAUAUCAUCUUCUCCAGCCCCUCAGC